CUUUCCCCCUUUUUAUUUUCUGUUAGUUUUCCGCAGUAAUAUUGCGAUAGUUUUAAUUUUUUAGUUUCUAUUUGAAACGCUAAAGGGGACGAGGCCCAAGCGGGCGCCUUGGUCUCAUACAAGGUUUUUAGUUCUCAUUUUAUCCCAUACUAAGGGACUAUGUCAUCUUCACAAUACAAGCAACCCAACUCUUCCUUGGCUUCAUACGAACCUUCGAAACCUUAUCCGCAGUUGGACGGACACUCCGAUAGCAGACGAAAUAUUCCUGAAGGCGGACUUGCUAAAGAUAAUGUUUCAGAGACGACUAUUAAACCACAGGAUAACACACUUCCGACUAUCAUAGUCAAAGCUCCUUUACCUUCACCAAUACUUUCGACCUUUUCUUUUUUGGUCUCUUUUGAAAAAUUUCACGUGACCGCUGCGUCCAAAGCAGGUUAUAACAAGAUCUACGAAUGUAGGCGUUCAAAAAGUUUCUUUUUUGAGGUUGUCGAUCAAAUACCAGACACCAAUGAAAUUCACCUGAAAAUAUACACAAAUGAUCAUCAUAUGUCAUCUACCCCAAUUCGGUAUUAUUCCACAAGCAAAUUACCUAAUCAUCGAUUUCAAAUAUCGAAAUGCCUCACGCACUUUUUUUUACAUCAACGAGUUAUUCCUCGGCGUAUUCAAAACAAAUUUUUUAACAUGAUACGACUCAAGUUGUUGGAUAGAAUCAAUUUGAUAGCAUCACGUGAAGGCAAAAUCACGUGUAGCAAUAAUAUCACCAAAACUUUUUUCAACUUCUCUUACAAACGAUACAGAUUUCACUUUGGUAUCUAUGUAGCUUGUAACCAUCUACCUACAAAGAAGUUUCCCUAUCAGAAGACAACACCAUGCUGCAUACCGUGCCCUUUUGUUAGAAAUUUUAAUCGACACGCUUGUACUCAACACCAUUCGGCUAUCGUUCAAGUAACCGAUACUCCUUCAGAAAAUCAGGAGAUUUCUGCACCUGUGAAUAAUAUUAUUCACCAUAAAAGUUUUCACGCCAAUAUCAUUUAUGAGAAAUAUAAUAAUAACUCGAGUUCUAAUCCACGUACGGCUGCACGGCAAAAAGCUCGUUUUGACCGAUCUUGUCAACGUGUCUUUAAUGUUAAUAAACCUAAAUCUGGAAGGGCUCUUAAACUCCGCCAUAAGAUUAAACUUGCGAAUCAAAGGAAGUUCCUUUUCUAUCCACAUCAUAAGAUUUCUAGACGGAUUCCUCAUUUAAAAUUUAACAUGGGAUUGUUUAAACGUUCCCCAACCGUUCCGUUAUUCCGUUUUCCAUAUGAUCGGAAUUGUAUUCUUUUACAUCUUCCCAAAGAUAGGAUUUUUCCUCCUCAUAUUACUCCUGCAUUACGCAGUGUCAUCAACAAUCAGGACUCAGAUGAAGAGGAUGCCUCUUCAGCCAAUAACGGUCAGGAUGAUACAUCAGAAAACUCCUAUAGGGAUUGGUAUAUUGCAAAUCUUAUUGAUGAACAUUGUGGUAAAGGUGCAUCAGAGUACAUGGAUGCCAUACACUUAUUACAGGACUCUACAAUUCAACUUUCCUUGAGAGACGCACAUAUGUUAGGUUUAGAUGAAGAUCGUAUGAGUGAGAUCAGAGCUCGUGAUCGUCUUAACGAAAGGUUAAAUGUCAUCAAGGACAUCAGGGACCACAAUACUUCUGCCAAACAUUAUCUUAGGCGUACUAAUGCUAUGGAAUUUUUCACUCAAAUGAAUGAUAAUUUUGAUGACCGUAUGGCUAGUAUUCGCAAAUUUGCGUAUGGAAUUUCUACGAAGAAAAGUGAUGACAAACGUACAGUCGCAUCAAGACGUCUUAACAAAUUGAUGACGAAUUUUGGACAACAAUUCCGGGAUGAACACUACCCCUUUAAACCGUACCGCGCUAUUAUUCGUUCGAACGAUAUCCAAUACGUAAAAGAUGAUUUCGGUGAUACUUCCAAUGACACCAAAAUAAUAGAACGUCGCCUAAAAAAGCGUCAUGCCAGACUUAAUCAUUAUAACAAUUAUGGCGAUUUUAUGCCUCUAACAAAGAAACUUUGUAUUUUCGAUUGUAGGGACACUAAAGAAGAAGACUUCUUACCCGCUAAUAUAGAUUUAAUUUUUCAAUUUCGUAUUUGA